CUUGCCGGUGGUGGUUUGGCUGGUUCGGUCAGAACGGCGAGGUGCAGGCGGUCGAACAGUCUGUGCGUUUGGACGUUGGACAGUUGCGCGGGUCUCACCGAGCGGCAUGGCGUCCUUCCCCGCCGCUAGCCCUGGAGCCGGCAAUGGGACUUCUCGCGUGGUACAGCCGUGCACCACCUCCUGUGCCAACACCUGCCAAGACGUUAUCAAUCUCCUCACAGAACAAAUAACCAACUGCACCAGGACCACUCCAGUCGACAAGUUAACAAAGAUCUGCACGAAAUUGUGCAAGACUGUUUGGGAGAGCGACGUGCCAGCGGACACAAACGAAAUUGUCUUCCGCAAGCAGCCGAGCCAGGACGUUAGCCAGGACGAAGGGAAAGGUGACGUCGGUAGCGGGAGAGAACACAGCCUGGACGAGUUCCAGAUCGUCAAGGCCGUGGUCCUGGGCCUCGUCACCUUCAUCAUUCUACUAUCCAUAUGCAAAAUGGUGUUCCAGCUGUUCGUGCGAUACUCGGCCAAAGCGGACGACAGAGGACACUGACCAUGAAAAAACAAUAACAAGAUGAUAACGAUAAGAGUAAUAUUUGUGGUGGAUUUCAGUGCCCAUCAAUAACGAGUCGACUUGGAAACGACUGUUCACGCUCGGACGUAAUUUUCCAUCUGUGCUGAGGCUCUGCUCUCUGGCUCUGGGUCGGCAAUAAAGACCGGCAAGGCGGCGCGGCAUAGUGGUAAUUUCAGAGGCAAACGGCAUUCACAAGAAUAGCAGUGCAGAACAGCGAUUGAAAAUAGAUUUCCCCGACCCACUUCUAGAUGCACUGUGCUGUUUGUUGGGAGAGGUUGAGCAAGCCAAUUAUAAUAUGCAACAAUAGCAUUUAAUUCAAUAAAACCACAUAUGAAAAUAAUCUCAUAUGAUAUGUCAGUGCAUGCAUCUCGCAGUCCUCAGGAUCAUCAGAGUGUGCAUGUAGGCAAACAAAACACUGGCCACCAAACUAGAAACAUGGUGAUUUGAAAUUGUGAAAAAUAUGUACGUACAAGACAGUAAAUAUAACCAUUAAACCCAUAGACAGACUAUGGAUUGGUAACAUAUAUGUUGCAGCAAAAUCAACAAAACGUGCAUCCCUUGUCCAUAGGUGGUACACAUGCUUUUGAAGAGAAUACAAUACAAAAGAAUAAAUACUAAGCAGUAUGUGUAUAUCAAACAAAUUUGAUUAAAAUAUAAAACUCCAAAAGACUCAAAGAUAAAAAAUUUUGAAGGACGGAUAAGAAACAUUUAGGUAGAUAUCAGCUGGUCUACAGCCACAAUAAAACAUUCCAAUAUCAAAAAAUACACAUUUUUUCUUCAAAUUUACACUGGUUAACUGUAAAAGACAGUAAUAAUAAUAAAUUAUUUUCACAACCUACUAAUAAAGUUUGUCAGCUUAA